AUGGAGACAAAAAUCUUAAGAACCUUCCUGGUGCUAAUUCUGAAAAUUACUGCAGCUGACAACAUGACUCAAGUUCGGCCAAUUAGGCUAUUGAACACGUCUUACAAAAUCUUCUCCAAAAUUAUCGUUCAUCGCUUGUGUUCUGUGUUACAAAGGCUGAUUGGUCCUUACCAAAACAGCUUCCUUAAAGGUAGAAGUACAUCGAACAAUAUAUUGAUAGUUCAGGAGGCAGUACAUUCCAUGAUGAACCUUAAAGGAAGGAAGGGUACAGUGAUUGCCAAAAUUGACCUACAGAAAGCCUAUGACAAUAAUGGAGAAAUCACCGAGAGCUUGAGCCCUGAGCAAGGUCUACGCCAAGGUGAUCUGUUAUCGCCUUACUUAUUCAUAUUGGUUAUGAAAAGACUUUCCCACAUCAUCAUGGAGAAAGUGGAUAGGGAAGCGGAUUCCAAUCAAAUGCAAUAUAUGAAAGGUUGCCUAGAUGAAUUUAGCCGAGCAGCUGGAGUUGAGGUAAAUCUCCUGAAAUCAAAACUGUUUAUUUCCCCAAAUAUUAGUUCUUCCACAGCUCAAUAUCUAAGUGAAUUGUGUGGCAUCCCCCUUACGGAUAAUUUGGGAACUUACUUGGGAGUCCCUAUAAUCCACAAAAGAGUUAAUGCAGGAACCUAUGAUUCUCUCAUUGAAAAAGUAAUGAAAAGAUUAGCAGGCUGGAAAGGAAGAGUCCUAACCAUGGCGGGAAGGAAAACACUCAUCCAAAGCGUCACAAAUGCCAUUCCAAUACACAUGAUGAAAACUUCCGUACUUCCUGUUUCGGUCUGUAGAAAGCUGGACAGACUCAAUUGUAAUUUUUUGUGGGGAGGUGACAUAGUGAAUGCUCACAAUCAUCUGGUCAGCUGGGAAAAAGUGUGUCAAUCCAAAAAGACGGGAGGGUUAGGCAUCCGUAAAGCAAGAUUAAUGAACAUCGCUCUCCUGGCAAAAAAUAGCUGGAAACUUCUCACCAGACAAGAGAACCUAUGGUGCAAAGUGUUUGAAGGAAAAUAUCUAAAAAAAUAA